ACGUGUCUCCUGCAGUGUUGAUCAACUGUUCAUUUAAAGGUCUCCUGAGCCUGUCUGCCCUUCUGCGCUAUCGUUGAAUGGAAGACGAUCCCAUUCUUCUUCUCGUCCGCUUCACCUGGCCGAAUACACACCUCCUAGUCAAGGGUACAUGUAAGUAAGAUAUCACAGAGGUGACGCAAGAGGGGCAUAUCCGGCAGAAUAGCUGCCUAGGUUACCGGCGCUAGCUCCGGCUCUUUGUUAGCGCUGCUGCGCUACGCACAUGACCAGCAGAGCGGCUACGUGCCAAUGCGGUAUGCCGAAGCUCGCACCACGCGACCAUAUCUCCAGUCUACUAAGAGCAAACCCUGCCACAUUGGACCGGACGUUACAGUCCGAAGCCAGUGAUUAUAUGGCCUGCUGGCCUCAUGGCAUCGCUGCAAAGACUGCUCCUGUAUAACAAGUGCAAUGGAGGUUCCGAGGAUCUCGACGAAAGGCCCAGAAAGAGAUCGAGAACAUCCUCCGCUGUUCCUUCGUCAAUCAGUGCGGUUACUCGGUCCGUUGGAGACACUUUGGAAGGACUGAACAGUCUGUUCACCGGCCUGCGCACGUAUGAGUUGGGCGGGCAGCCAGACGAGGGCGGUAUCAAACAGCAGGUCGCAAAUGAAGAAGCGAACUUGGUACAUGCCGAAACGUACGACAAAUGGAAGGCUGCAGCCAUCGAGUUGGACAGAUUGGAUGGAUCCGAUGUUUGGAAAGAAGUGACCACCUCCGAUGACUACAACGUGCACAUAGUGCAGACACGUCUCACCGAUCUGAAGGAUGCAUUACAUAGCCGGGACUACGAUCGUAUGCGCUACCUCGUCCGCACGGCGUUGACUAGAGACCUCGGUGGCAUGGGAAACGCUAGCCUGUACAAGCACAGCCGUAUCGGUACGAAGAGACUCAUCGAAGAUUACAUUCAGACGGUAUCUGAUGUGAUCGACACCAUUGUCUACGAGUCUGGAACUGGCUCGCUCAGCGGCGAGCAUCACCGGGCCUUGCACGAAGAGCUCAAGCGUGCUAGGCAGUCUUUCGGACGAAGUGCGCUUUUGCUGUCCGGUGGAGGUACUCUCGGCAUGAACCAUAUUGGUGUGGUGAAGGCUCUCUACGAGGUCAACCUACUCCCACGCAUCAUCUCCGGAGCCUCAGCCGGCAGCAUUGUGGCCGCUGUUCUCGGCACGAAGAAGAAUGACGAGCUCCAAGGCGCACUGGAAGAAUUCUCGAAAGGCGACCUUGACGUCUUCUCGGCGAAGGACAAUCCGGAUGGCGUCUGGCAGAUUGUUCAGCGGUUUCUCAGACAAGGUUUUUGGUACGAUGACAGUCAUUUACGGCGGGUCAUGGAGGACCUUCUCGGUGACAUGACUUUCCUAGAGGCGUACAAUCGCUCUCAACGAAUUCUUAACAUUUGUGUAUCUACAGAAGGUGCAUACGAGAUGGCAAGGCUGCUAAACUACGUUACAGCACCACACGUUAUUAUCGUCUCUGCCGUUUGCGCCUCCUGCGCCGUACCGUCAAUUUUCAAAGCCAGUACGCUCAAGGCGAAAGAUGCAAGGACACGAGAAAUUACCGACUGGGACUUAUCACAGAUCAGGUGGAUUGACGGCUCCGUCGACAACGACCUCCCAAUUACGCGCCUGGCGGAGAUGUUCAACGUCAAUCAUUUCAUUGUCUCACAAGUCAACCCGCAUGUUGUGCCCUUUCUGGACCGCGAAAGGGGAGAGGGUUUCGCUUCUAUCCUCGGGCGCGAUCCGCCAUGGUUGCACAGCAUUGCCAACUUGGCUAAAGGUGAAGCGCUGCACCGGAUGCACGUCCUUGCUGACCUUGGCAUCUUUCCAAAUGCUAUGAACAAAGCCAGGUCUGUACUGGGUCAGCGUUACGUGGGCGACAUUACGAUAAUGCCUCCUAUUUCCUCGACCGAAGUCGUGCAAGCUCUGACGAACCCCACGGAAGACUUUGUGAAGAACGCUUCGCGCAAUGGUGAGCGCGCAACAUGGCCGAAGAUAAACCUGAUCAAGAACCGGUUGGCCAUCGAGCUCAAACUGGACUCGGCGAUC